AUGACUGAAUCCAUGACACCUGACCAAAUAGAGUUCACAAAUGCCUUCAAUAGACAGCGCGUGACUUUAGCCGGAUUUGCCCAGUGCGCGAAUAAGGAAGAGCUUCACAAAGUCCGUGAUGGACUCUACAUUGGUUUGGCCAGUGAUUUGCGAUUGCCCGAAUAUGACACAGUUGCUACUGACGUUAUUGUGGAUGAAAGGGUGGCGGAUUCAGUGGUUACUGGAUCUGGCUAUGGUCAAAUGAUCGAAACUGCUCGAGAAUCCGCUGGAUGGAAGGAUCUAGUAGAUGCCGUCGACAAGAAAGCAGAGGCUGUUGGGAGUGACCUUCAGGGAAUAUGGAUGGGUCUUGAGAAUGGCAGACUGGAAUGGCUGAAUGCAAUUAACGGUGCACACACGAUUAAAGUUUUGCUUAAGGAGGGAUUGGAAAAGGAUGGAGCUACCAAUAGUCCGGGAGAUGUGAGCGAUGCCAAAAUGAUAUGGAUAUACGGACUUUGUCUGAAUAUUCCCAAGCUGAAACCGUUCGUGGAAGCCUGGUGCAAAGUUGUCGAGCUUGAUGAUAUGACACGUCCGCUAGUGGGAUACAAAGCAGAUCUCUGGGACGCACGAAAAGAUGAAUGGCGGGCACUGGACAUUGGAGCCCAGGUCGCUGCGGAAAGAGGUGGUUCAUCAAUUGACCAAGCAUGGAAUGCAUGA